AUGACGUUUGAAAUGGUAGCAGUUUCUACAGGGGAACGUUUGGAGAAACUUCGAGACUUAAUGAUGGAGAACAAUGUGGAUAUCUAUAUCGUUCCAUCAGGAGACGCACAUUGUUCAGAAUAUAUUGCUGAUUGUGAUGCACGUCGUGCUUUUAUUAGUGGAUUUAAUGGAUCGGCAGGAUGUGCGGUUAUUUCUCAGGAUGAAGCAUGUCUUUUUACGGAUGGGAGAUAUUUUUUGCAAGCUAGUCAGCAGCUUGAUAAAAAUUGGACAUUAAUGAAACUCGGACAUAAUUUUCCUACAUGGCAAGAUUGGAUAGUUCAACAAGCAAAAAACGGUAAAACAGUGGGAGUGGAUGCAUCAUUGAUUUCAUUUCAUGAAACUAUAUCACUUUCAAGAAGACUUACAUUAGAAUCAAAUGCUAAAUUAAUUAGCAUAUCUACAAAUCUUGUAGAUGAGGUAUGGUCUAGUAAUAGACCUGAACGACCGAAUUAUCCGGAACAACUUUAUAUUAUUUUAAGUCAAGAGUCCUCUGAAAAGAUUUGUGAAGUGCGUGGAUUUUUGAAGAAAAGGAAUGCGUAUGCCUUUUUUGUAUCUAUGUUAGAUGAUAUUGCUUGGCUGUUUAAUCUUCGUGGAACAGACAUUCCUUAUAAUCCUGUUUUUUUUGCAUAUUCAUUAAUAACACAUGAUAAAAUUGUGUUAUAUAUUGAUGAUUCAAAAUUAGAUAAUCAUGUUAGGAAACAUUUGAAAUGUGUAGAAAUCAAGCCUUAUGAUAACGUUUUUAUGGAACUAGCAGGCCUAAGAGAUGAUAUUGAUGGACAGAAAAUACUUAUAUCUGACACAGCAAGUUGGGCAGUAGCUAUUGCAUUGGGAGAAACAAAUAUUGAAAUAAUAAGAAGUCCUAUUUCCGAAGCAAAAACUAUCAAAAAUGAAAAAGAAAUCGAAGGUAUGAGAAAUUGUCAUAUUCGAGAUGGAGUAGCUUUAGUAAAGUUUUUUGCUUGGUUAGAAGAGUUUUUAAAAAAUGGAGGCAUUUUAGACGAAGUAGACGCAGCUGAUCAAUUAGAAUCAUAUCGAAAGGAACAAACUCACUUCGUAGGCCUAUCUUUUCCUACUAUUUCUUCUAGUGGUAAAAAUGGUGCUAUUAUUCAUUAUAAACCAGAAAAGGCAUCAUGUUCUCUUAUAGAUAUCAAUUGUAUUUAUUUAUGUGAUUCAGGGGCACAAUAUAGAGAUGGCACAACAGAUGUUACACGUACAUAUCAUUUUGGUGUUCCUACAGAAAAAGAAAAGCAAACAUUUACCUAUGUUUUGAAAGGCCAUAUUGCUCUUGCAAAAGUCAUCUUUCCGAAGGGGACAACUGGAUAUAUUUUAGAUAUACUUGCUCGCCAAUAUUUAUGGAGUAUUGGUCUUGAUUAUUUACAUGGAACAGGGCAUGGUGUGGGUAGUUUCUUAAAUGUACAUGAGCCUCCUAUAGGCAUCGCACAAAGACAAUUAUAUAAUGAAAUGGCACUUUUGCCUGGAAUGGUACUUUCAGAUGAACCCGGAUUUUAUGAAAAUGGAAGCUAUGGACAGCGUAUAGAAAGUAUUGUUGCUGUAAAAAAUACUGAUACAACCUAUUGUUUUGGAAAUUCUCCUUUCUAUGGCUUUGAAUAUUUAACAAUGUGUCCUUUUGGCCUUAAUCUUAUUGAUCUAACUCUCUUACAAGAAGAUGAAAAGAAAUGGAUAAAUAGCUAUCAUAAGCUUGUUUUAGAAAAACUUGGUCCACUAUUGGAAGAUGAUCUUCGAGCUUACGAAUGGCUUAAAAAAGAGACACAAUUUAUCUAG